GGAAGCGCAGUGUACCGCACAGUUGCGCUCGCGCCGCAGUGUACCGUACUGUGGUAAAGCGUGCGGGCCGCCCGCGCGACACCGCCCCCUCUGCGUGUGCGCGCUGCUCGAGCUGCUCUCGCGCCGCGGAGGCGCCGCAAUGGUGUCCUGCAAUCGGUGAGAAAGCUGCACCCUCCAGGGUUCAGGUCCCAGACGGACCUUCUUCAGAGGACCCCUAGUGGACUGGAGUCCCAGCAGAACCCAGGAAACCUGACUGAAGGAAGUCUGGGGUCACUCGGGGUCAUGGCUCUGUGUGUCAAAAGCGAACCCGAUCUAAGCUCCGCCCACACAGCACAAUGUGCCGCCGCACUGAACUUCAACACUGAAGAGGAGGGCAGCGCAGACCGCCUGGACUUGGAUCACAUCAAAACAGAAGUCAUGGACCCCGACUACAUAAAGGCGGAGCAGCAGGUGGACCCGUGGCUCGCUGAUGCCGCAGGGAUAAUCAUCAAAGAAAUUAAGUGUGAAUCAAGUGGAAGUCCGGGGAUUUUAACUGAAUGUACGCCAAAGACUGAAAUGCGUGAAUCCAGAGAGGCUGUCGAAGGCACACGGGAAAUCAACGACACAAAUCCAGAUAGAAAACAGCCGGUUGGGAACGUUACCGGUGUUGCAGAGUACGAGAACGACAUUCGUAAUGGUGCCAGUUGGUUAGGCUCCGACCACAACGUGUACGGUUUAGACCAACAGCAGCCGGUCCAUUCAGACGGGAGCGGGCACAGCUGCUCCGAGUGUGGCAAGACAUUCACACGAGGCUACACGUUGAGGAUCCACAAGCGCAUCCAUUCAGGCGAGAAACCGCACAACUGCUCCGAGUGCGGCAAAAGCUUCUCCAACACGAAGUACCUGGCGAAACACAGGCGGAUUCAUUCGGGCAAAAAGGUGUACCUGAUCUGUGACCUGUGCGGGAAGAGCUUUGUCGACUCAUCGUCGCUGAAGAAGCACCACAAGGUGCACUCAGGCGAGAAGCCGCACGGCUGCUCGCAGUGUGGGAAAAGGUUCGCCGAGACAUACUCGCUGAAGAUACACAUGCGGCACCACUCGGGGGAGAAGCCGUACGGCUGCAGCCAGUGCGGGAAGAGCUUCUUCAGCCUCUCGUCCCUUAAGAGACACACGAGGAUCCACACAGGCGAGAAGCCCAACGUGUGCGCCCAGUGCGGCAAGAGCUUCUCGGACCCAUCCUCCUUCAAAAAGCACCUGAAGGUGCACUCGGGCGAGAAGCCGCACGGCUGCCCUGUGUGCGGGAAGCGCUUCGCUGAGGCAGAAACCUUGAGGAAGCAUGCGAGGAUUCACUCGGGCGAGAAGCCCUACAGCUGCUUCCAGUGCGGCAAGAGCUACACGCAGGCCUACCAGCUGACCAUACACAGGAGGAUACACUCUGGGGAGAAGCCGUACACAUGCGCGCAGUGCGGCAAGAGCUACACGCAGGCAAACAACCUGGCGGUGCACAUGAGGAUCCAUUCGGGAGAGCGACCGUACAAAUGUACGCAGUGCGGCAAGAGCUACACUCAGGCCAACAACCUGGCGAUCCACAUGAGGAUCCACUCAGACGAGAAGCCCUACAGAUGCACCCAGUGCGGCAGGAGCUUUGCCGAAGCCGAGGCCCUGGCGCUGCACGCGAGAAUCCACUCCGGGGAAAAACCGUACAGCUGCCCCCAGUGCGGCAAAGGCUUCGUCUCCCUCGAUUCCAUCCGACGGCACCAGAAGAGACACUUCAGCGAGAAACCGCACAGCUGCUCCGAGUGCGGCAAGAGGUUCGCCGAUGCGGGAUCCUUAAAGUUGCACAAGCGGAUGCACUCGGGUGAGAAGGCGUUCAGCUGCGAGCAGUGUGGGAAGCGCUUCUCGUACCCUUCCUCCCUGUGGUACCACCAGAAAACGCACACAGGACAAUGACCAAGCGGUUUAAUUGUCAAAAUGCUACAAAAUUGGUAACGGUGAGGAAUCCAGCUACAAACGGCUCACAACUGUAUGCACUUUAUAAUUACACGACUUGAUAUUUUUUGUCUCGUUACGCUUAUCCCUGUUAACCAGUCCUAAUUCCUUCCUGAAAACUGGCCGAAUAUCGAAAAACUGGAUAGUGAAAUUUUGAUAAUUUGAUGUGGAAAAUUCCCAUGCAUUCCAGGUCCAUCCCAGUUCACCCAAAGUCCCCAUAAAUGAUGCCCAGUGGCAUAAGGUAAAAGUUGUGUAACACAGUAAAAUAGAAUGAAUAGCAGUUAACAGUAUUUAAUUUUAUUCAGUUUCAUUUAAGUGUUUGAGAAUUGUGUGUGCAGUGCAGACACAGCUGUGGGGCGUAGGGUAGUGGUUACAACUGUUGCCUUUGGACCCAGUGGUUGCAGUUUUAAGUCUCCCC